AUGGCUGAGUUUACAGCCGGGCUGUUUUUGAAUCAGUCUCUUCAUUGGAUGGCUAAACCUAAGGCCACAGGGAUUCCAGUAGUUCUUGCUUUUAAUUUGAUAGAUAGAAGUUUAUCCGAGAUUCCUCUAUCACCUGUUUGUGUGGAAUUGUAUGAGUCUCGAAUUGGUUUAGGAUGUAUAGGACGUUAUCUCAGGGUACUAGGAGGAUGUCUUAGUAUGUAUUACAGGGGUGGAGACCAUGCUGCUGAUGAGAUAUGGGUCAUGGAAAAAUAUAAAGUGCCGUCUUCUUGGACUAGAUCUUUUGUUCUGCCUCCUAACACUAGUUACAACACGAACAAGAAGCGCUUUUGGCCUCUAUGCUAUACUAAAGGUGGUGCACUUCUUGCAUCAAGUGUUCAAAACUCAAGUCGUCUUGGAACAAUAUUGAAAUUGAAUGAGAAUGGACAAGUGCUCGACUUGCCAUAA